AUAGCAAAGGACCCUAAAGCUUUUGAAGCGAAGCUCUAAACCCACAAAUACCAAAAGAAUUUAUGUUUGAACUUUUCAGGUAAACAAUGGAAUUUUUUAGAGAACUUAGAGAACUUUGGGUUAACCAGGGUAGGGAAGAGGAAAAGGGUGUUAUGUCAGUGGAGCCUAUAGCCAUGAUAGUGCCGUCGAAGCUACGAGAUUUGCUGGAAACCAUUAUGCCGGAGAGCAACGCCAGUUCAAGUGCGGAUGGUGACUCCAGUGGUCACCAUUCUUCUCCUUCUAAUAGUUCAUCUUCAAAAAGAACACCCAACGACAAGGGGAAUGAGAUGGAAGCACCACAGAAUUUGCCUGCCAGAUUUAGGUUCAGAGUGGCACUUCACCAUGAAGUAGCAUAUGGCACAAGUACUAUUAAGGGGUAUAAGAAAUUGGAGGAGAUGGUGAAGCAAUACCACAUCCCUAAGACAAUCUUAUUACAAAUUGGCACGAGAAACAAAUGGGAAUGUUCAGUGUCUGGAACUGGAUGGGUACCAAUAUAUGUAGACCAUUUUGACGGUAGUCUACGUUUUCCUCUGCCCGAGCUAAUUUUUGAUGUUCUGGCAAAGUACAAGCUAACACUAACACAGUUGACCCCCAACAGCAUAAAGUUUAUUAUAGGGUUUAUGCUGUUAUGUGCUAGGUUUGAAAUACUUGCGAAGGUGAAAGUCUUCAGGUUGUUGUUCCAAUGUUGGUUGAGUAGCAACCAAACGAGGUGUUAUUAUAUCUCCGGAAGAGAGAAGAUGAUGCUCUUUAAAAACAUAAGGAAUAAAGUAGCAAGGUGGAAGAGGCAAUUCAUUUUCGUUCAUGACACGCGAAUAGAGAAGAUGAAUAAUGAACUCGCUGCUCACAUCUUUGAAUGGUGCAUUGCCAAUACAUAUAUGAACUAUCCCCAACUGACGCCUCAUGAUGUGGAUCUAAAAAAUCAAUUGUUGGAUUAUGUGAAGGCGGAAGGAUUAGUGGAUUUAAAGUCCCUGAUUACCUCGGAGCAGCUCAUAGUGUUUGGCUCGUCACAACAGGAACGAGGUUCAAGCUUGGCAUCCAGGCCUCGUGUCAAGCAAAGAGUUGACAUUCCGCCUUCAAAUUCUAGAAGGCGUGCUCAUGAUGGCUCGAAUGCAGAGGAUGACAUGCCACUAAUUAGGCAGAGAACGAGCUUUGGGGCUCAGCUCGUUCUACCCACCGCAGUACAUUCAUUUAACGUGCCUCUUGCCUCCGCACGUGAUGUUGGUAAGGCACUACCUAUGUCUGCAUCUGCCUUAGGCCCGAGGAUUGCAUACCCCGAAGGCUUUAGUUAUACAAGAACUGAUAGCAAAGUUGCCAUGGUGUUUAGCUAUGUAGUCGCACUGUUUGAGUGUGAGCAGGGAGCACACAGGCAAACUUGGGAACUCACUGAAAGCUGCAAGCAGCUAACUUUUGAAAAGGCUAGUUUAGAGGAUGAGGUCAACCGCCUACAGAGCUUUGAAAUGGCUAACAGAGCAGCAUUCGUUGAGAGCUGAGCCGACGAGUUGACUAAUAAAGUUAAUGAGCUAAA